UUAAUGCUGAAGCUAUCCACAAACAUGGACGACGUGGGCGACUUCAAAGACGUGUUGCAAAGAUCUCGAUACGAAAUCGUCCAGCGUUUGCAACUAGACAGGACUUCUCUGUUUGAUUAUCUUAGAAGCAAAGGAGUUUUCGACGCUAGUGACUGCGAGCUUGUUUUUGUAGAGAAAACUCGAGAACAAAAGGCUAGCAAGUUUCUUGAUAUCCUCGAGUCUAAAGGAAAGGAUGCAUUCGUUUAUUUCAUUGAUGUCUUGCAGCUUUUAAAUCCUGGAUUGUAUGAGAGCAUAACUGGAGAAAAAGCAAAUCCCUGUCGUAUCUGGGAAAACAUGCGAGAUAGAUUCGCUCUCGGGAAUUGUGGCUACGUUCCUGAUGUGGAACUUCUAAGUGGGCAGCUAAAGAGGACAAUAGACGACCUACAGGACCUGGCGCUCCGUAAUCAACAGCUAAUAAAAGAAAACCAAAACCUUGGCAUGAAGCUGGACCAAGCUUCCACCGACCUCGACCUCAAACACCGACGAGUCGAGAUCCUCGAGAAGGUGAUGAAUGAAUCAGAGAGAGGAGUAGUAGAGGCACACAAUAACGCUAACAAACUCAACGAAGCUGUAGCACAACAGUUACGUACUCUACAACAGGGAAUCUUUGAAAGAAACACUUAUAUAAUAGCACUACAGAUGAAAUUAUUGGCGACUGAAGAGGAAAUCAAGGAAACGAAGAGAAUAUACGAAGAACUAAAGUCCCAACACGACAUGCUCUCUUCUAAAUGGCAGGAACUUUCCAGGGAUUACGACUAUGAAAGGCGCGAAUCGAUGAAACUUAGUGCCAAAUUGAAGUCACAGAGAGGAAACCUUCAAAAAGAACGCGAGUUUGAAAAAAGAUGUCGCGAAUUUAAACAGAUCAACGAGCAAAUGAUGGCUGAGCGUGAUGAGUCGUUAUCGGAGCUGGAGAACCUCAAGGAUUGGACAGAAGCAUUGAAAGCACGUUAUGACAUUAUUGUGGAGGAAUACAAACAGUUGCAGCAAAGUUUUGUGACAGGAGCGACAGAGAGCUGCAAACUGAAGGAAGAAAUCGAAGAACUCAAGUUACAACUAUCGUUGAGUAAAAUUGGGGUUGAAGAUUUGAAGGGCUGGAAUGAAGAGCUCGAAGAAACGGUGAAAAAAUAUCGAGAACAGAGGGAUUUCUUUUCAGAAUCGAGGAAAGCAGCUUUAUUAGAGCGUGAUGAUGCUCGUCAAGAACGUGACGAAGCAAUUCAGCGGUACAACGAAGUGUUGAAAAACCGUGAGGAGGUUGUCACGCAACAGGUUCAACACUCUCAACACUUUGAAGAGAAAUACGAGAAAGCUUGUGCAGAGUUGAAAUCCCUUCGAGAACGAAUCGCUAGUGCGGAACAUGAACUGGAGGAACUGAAGAUGCAAAGGAAAAAAACAACCAGCGAUUAUGAUUCUGACAUGACGACGCCAGAGAAAAAUGCCACAAAAACCGACUGUUUAGAUUCAACCACAUCAGAAGAAAGCGUAGCAAGUCCAAAUGAUUCAAGUACCAGUCCCUCACCGACAAAAUUUGAGGGAUUCUCCUGGAAAAGUCGUCGUGAGGCCAAAUCCAUCAUUCAAAGUGUACGUAGAAGAGUCGAUGGAGCUCAUUACAAGGGUUUCAGUUUAGACCGCAAGCUUGAUAAGUUGCAAGUUGAUGGGUCUGAAACACUUGCUCAAGAAGCUAGAACAAGCCUCAGCCUGCAACGUGGCAACCUUCUCUUCAAGACACCACCGUCCUACAACACCUUAAGAUUCAUGUUUGGACUGUCCGUGGGGGGUCAUGUAGGAAGCUUUGCGGACGUGUCAAAUUGUGCUGUGAAUGACAAUAAAGACAGCAGUGAGAACUGUGAAAGUAGUUCCAGUACGUCUGAGACAUCACAUGACGGGGCGCUCAGGGAUUUUGAGACACGCCUUGAUUUGGAUGCCAAUAAUAACGAUUUAAACGAUACUACGAUGAACGAUGGAGUCAGUAGGAAAGGCAAAUCAACUUCUCCCAGGCUUCCUAAGCCAAGGCCUUUCACGAAAAGCCAUUCUAAUCCAGUUAUAAAAGYCAAGCCGAGGUUACACCGAGGAGCUGCAGUUGACGAACAAGACAGCGAAGAGGAUUGGCAAAAAUCUGGUGAAUACAAAGAGUUACACCAGGAGAAUGACGGGCUUGAUGGAGAAGAUUUUCACUGGGUACAAGAAGCCGAGUGUUUGCCAAAAGACGAGGGCCUCAAAGAUGGCUCCUCUGAGUCAAAAGAUGACAAGUGGAAAACACCGCAGACGAAAGAAGAAGUCGAUGAAUUUUUCAAGUCACUGUCGCGAAUACGUAGGAUGCCCUUUCGGCAGCGCGCAUGCGCGAUGAAAAAGAAGUAUACAAAGAGAAGUACGUCUGUGCCCACGAUUCGUUCUGAGAAAGCGGAAACUCAGCCAAAAACCAACAAAGAAAUGCCGUAAAUAGUUAACUCUCUUCUGAACAAUAAAAACAAAGUAUGUAAAA